GGGGGGGGGGGCUGAACUGUUUGGUACUUGAGUUGAAAGCUGUCAACCAUACGCGAGACACAAGUGGCCAAGUCCCGAUGUUGAGCCUUAACUGUGAAGUAAGAGGCAGCAAGGAACGCUACACAUCUAGCUGUUUCAGAUUUCCCAUUUGACAGUCAACGCCCUUUAAAAUGAAGAAUGUUUUCUGUUUCUUCUGCCUCUUUUUAAAUACCGUAGAAAAAACAGAAACAAGUUGUAAUGUAGAAGAGACGAUUUUAAAAUGCAGCGUUUUGGAAAACUCGAUCGGUGACCGGAAAGAUCUUAGUAUCUCUUUACAUCCCGACGGUGGACCUUCAGAAUUGCUGGUUGACUGUGCAUGGGAAAAGGACGAGCCUAACUGCAUCCUACUGCCAGGUGUGAUAUUGAGACAACCGGUGUCAAACAUCGUCGAAAUAAGCCUUACAAGACGAGAUAUAAGCAAUCCAAAAUGUGAACCUGGUGGAUCAAGCCCUGAAAUUAUUUAUCCCUGUCAGCUUCGCGAAGCCCAAGAUGAAGACUCAGUUGAAGACACAUGGCAGGAAGAAAAAGUGCUUCAAAUGCAGCAGGACACACCAAAUAAAAAAACUCCUUCCAAGAUCGAUUCAGUUGAAACAGAGAAAAACAGCAAAACACCGAACUCUGUUAUUGGAAAUGCUGCUGGAAUAGUUGCACUUUUAUCCCUAAUCAUCUUUGUGGUUUGGCGCAUAUGGAAUCCAAGAAACCCGAUUUUCACAUUUUAAGAAACAUUCUUGCAGAGAACUUGACGGACUUCUUCUCUAUCGGCGGGGCAAGUGAAUACCGAAUCACCCGACUUUUGCGCCAGAUUACCUGAUCUGCGGACUGUCCAGACAAUUAAGUGUGAUUUUGAAGGUGAAGUCAUCGUAUCAGCUAUAUAGCCCUUGAAUGUCGUUUCAAAAAACGGUUUUACUGCACUCGUCGCACCAUCGGUUGCCAUGGAAAUAAUCCAAAAUAGUGACCAAACAAACAAUUGUAAAAGCAUAAAACAAUUUUGUGAGUAGACUCAAAAUUCUGUUUGAAAUAGUUACCUUUAAGACAGAUCUACAAUCGUGUGACGGGGAUUUUGCAAAAUCGGCUUAGUUUAUUUUUUAUGAAUGUUUUUGUUAAACACUGUGUUAAAUUUUAACAAAUUUUGAUUUAAAACGGUAUAACUACCAAACUAAUAAACAUUUCUUUAAAAGCUGUCAUAGAAAUGUUUAACUUUGUAUGAAGAAAAGCUCUACCAACUUGCAGUUGUAUAUCUCUCGCCAAUAAAAAGUUUUGUCCUUUUGAAGUAAACAGUCUUUAAGCAAAACAAGAAACUGAGAAAACGAGGAAAGAAAAACUGAAAGCUUAGUAACUACUAACUACUCAAUAUUUUUUAAAAGCUC